GGCUAGAGAUCGAAACGUAUUUCGACAUCAGCGAAAACUUUCAACACCAAUCUACUUUUCGUAUCUUAAUUAGAUUUUCAAAUGAGCUAUCGCCAAGGUGACAACAGAGACAACGGGUCUGUCGACAGCCGAAAGGGCGCGUGGAACGUGACCGGGAGGGACAGGGGCAGCGACUACAGCCCCAGCCCGGAUAGGAACAGGGAUAGGAAAGAGGAGCGAGGAAGGGACAGUCCAAGCUCCGACAGAGACAGCCCCCGCGACCACUGGAAGUCAGAUCAGCGCGAAGGAAGGAGUGAUGGGGACCACCACAGGCCUGGAAGCGGUAGGCCUACUCCUGAUGACAAUGGGCAUCAUACCAGUGGACAAUCGGACUCGGGACGACAAGAUGAGAGAAGAGGGACCAAAACUGAGUCUCAACAAGAUGAACAACCUGAUGAUGACGGACCAUCUGGAAUGGGUGUUCAGGGCGAGAUUGAAGGCAACUUCCAGUGCGUUGUUGAUCACUUCGAUAAUAUGAAGUUGAGGGAAGAACUCCUUCGUGGCAUUUAUGCGUAUGGUUUUGAGAAACCAUCAGCAAUCCAGCAGCGUGCCAUCGUGCCCUGCUGUCACGGUCAUGAUGUGAUUGCCCAGGCUCAGUCUGGAACUGGCAAGACAGCCACCUUCGCUAUUACUAUCUUGCAAAAGCUUGACCUUGGCAUCAAAGAUUGUCAGGCUCUUGUCCUGGCCCCAACCAGAGAGUUGGCUCAGCAGAUCCAGAAGGUGGUCAUUGCCCUUGGUGACUACAUGAACGCUAGCUGCCAUGCCUGUAUUGGUGGCACGAACGUGCGAGAGGAUGGUAGGAAGCUGGAGGAGGGUAAACAUGUGAUUGUUGGUACCCCUGGCAGGGUAUUUGACAUGAUUCAGCGUGGACAUCUGAGGACAAAUGAAAUGAAGAUGUUUGUCUUGGACGAAGCCGAUGAGAUGUUGUCUCGAGGUUUCAAGGAUCAGAUUUAUGAUGUCUUCAGAAAGCUUCCCACCACAGUACAGGUGGUGCUACUUUCCGCUACUAUGCCUGACGAUGUACUAGAAGUAACAACAAGGUUCAUGCGGGACCCAAUCAGGAUCCUGGUCAAGAAGGAAGAACUCACUCUGGAUGGUAUCAAGCAGUUCUUCGUUCACGUCGACAAGGAAGAGUGGAAGUUGGAUACCCUGUGUGAUUUGUACGAGACGUUGACCAUCACACAAGCCGUCAUCUUCAGCAACACUAGGAGGAAAGUGGAUUGGCUGACGGAGAAAAUGCAGCAGAGAGACUUCACCGUUUCAUCCAUGCAUGGCGACAUGGACCAGCAAGAACGAGACAUGAUCAUGAGGGAAUUCCGAUCUGGAUCCAGUCGUGUCCUCAUUACCACGGAUCUCCUUGCCCGUGGUAUCGAUGUUCAACAAGUUUCACUUGUCAUCAACUAUGAUCUUCCCCAGAACAGGGAAAAUUACAUUCACCGAAUUGGACGUGGAGGCCGUUUUGGUCGCAAGGGUGUUGCGAUCAACUUCAUCACCAAGGAAGACACGCGUCAAAUGCGUGACAUCGAACAGUACUACAAUACACAAAUCGAGGAAAUGCCAAUGAAUGUGGCCGAUCUUAUCUAGAGCGACAAAUAGUGGAGGUUAUAUCAGCUGUCUGGCAUCAUAUCUUUGCGAUUGGAUUCUAAUACAUGUGAAUGACGACAUUCUUAUUACGGGGAGCCAGGACCUCAGGCACGACUCGUGCCAGCUCUUUCUGGUGCCCAGUUUCUGAUGAGAACAUUACUCAUACUUCAAUCAAGUUGGACAGUUGACCUUAGCUUAGGUGGGUCAGUACGUUAGUAUUGAGACCACCUGUCGUGUGUAUAAGCUCGCCUAUUGUUUAUAUCUUUACAGAUUGCUUUCUCGAGUCGAUAGUACUUGGACACUUUGCGCCAUUAAUAUUAUAUAAUUAUUGUGCUCUUAUUGUAUUUAUGAUACGGUUCUUCUGGAUACACGAUCGUACAUAGCCCGGGAGAUUUUCCUGUCUUAAUUGUUGUAAAUUUUAGUUGUCACACAUUGUUUAGAGUGACUUGGUCCAGUUUUGGGCAAUCCACCCUUGGCCAUGUUUCCCCAAGAUGCAUUGUCUUUCCCAACAUGCAUUGCUGUAAAGGUAACUGCCUACGGAGAGAGCAUCGUUGUUUGGCUAAGAUGCAUUCCUGAUAUUGAGGAUGAUACAAGAUCGUGUUGUAGGUGUGAAGACAUAAGGUCUGCUGAUGCAUGUUGGCUGCCACUGUGUGAACUUUGUAAUAUGUUCAAGUCUAGGCAUAUUAAAAUAUAUUAUAUACAAAUUGUCAAA